GCGUCUGCCCAAACUUUUUCCUGAGAACCAAACAGAGAUAUAAAGGUUUGCGAAAAAAGUGAGAGAUUAUAAAGCGCGUUCGUUUGCUUCCCCUUUACGCCAAAUCCAAUCUUCGUCCCACGAUUGUUCUUAACACUCUGAAUCACUCUUUCCCCUUUCUUCCAUUGCCUAAUUCACAAGUUUUUUCCGCGUUAUAGUACUCUAAACACAAUCGAGGAAGAAGAACGAAGCAAAUCGAGACGCACAGCUCGCUUCGUGGUCGAGGAAUCAGCGCCGAUGAUUACUAUCAAAUCAAUGGCAGCGAUGGCCGUGUAUUUGCUGUUUAUCGUCGCAAUCGCGGCGGCGCUGGAGAUUCGGCCGUCGGAGCAUGGUCUGGAGUUUCAGAGCCCUCCGGCAGCGGGAGACAAAUCGUCGCCGGAGAUGCGGUCGUUCUUCGGAGGAACUUCGUCGCCGACGCCGGAAGUGGCAUUGCCGUUGCCGAAGGCGAUGAAUUCCAGCGAGGCGCCGGGAUGGUGGACCCACCGUGACGGUGGAGAUAAACGACUUAGAAAUGCACUAUUGGUGGCGACGGCGGCUUGUGGAAUAACAGGUGUCACUUUAUUAGUCGGUUCUACGUUAUACUACAUUUUUAAGGUCAAAAAUCAAAGAUCAUUGCCGCUCUCUUCUAACAACAGUAAUCACAAAUAAAGAUAAGAUAUCAUCAACAAUUGUGAUAAUACCAUUACGGUUUACACCAAGAAUCUAGCUGUCUUAGCCAAGAGUCAUACUGUUAUAGCUUUUGAAAUAGUGAUAUUUCCCAGUUCCAAAUUUUCCUUACUGUAUGAGAUGUCAUUUUAAUUACGAAAUUAGACAAUUUUAUUGGCAUUGAUUGUAUGUUGGGAAUCUGUAUGCUCAUGUAUCAAUAAUUUGUCGAUAUCAAUAAAUAAAAAAAAGA